GUUGCUGGGCCAUUUCCUCCCCACGCCUUCCUCUGUUCUCUUCUCUUCUCUUCUCUUCCCUUCCCUCUUGGCGAUGAUCUCCCCGCCUCGCCGCUGACGUGGCGCCCACCGCGCGGGGGAAAAAAAAAAUUGGAGAUAUUUUCCCCACCGCUCCUUCUCCCCUCCCUCCUCGGCUCCCUUCCUCCUGCUGCUGCUGCUGCUGCCUCUUCUCCUCCUCUCACCAAUCGGAUGUCUCCCGACGCCGACGCCGACGCCGCCGGUGGGGCUGGUGCCGGCCGAGGGGGCGGUGAUGUCGUCACAAGAUUCUAUUGGCACGGUGCUCAAGUGCAUGCACAAGGGGGCGGUGGACUUCCUUGUAAAACCAGUGAGAAAGAAUGAGCUGCGUAACCUAUGGCAACAUGUAUGGAGGCGGCAUGCAAUGAAUAGCCAAACAAAUGGAUCGGAGAAUAAUGCAGCCAGCAAUCAUAUAAGUGCCAAUGUUGCUAAUGGUUCAAAGGCAGGAGAAAACAGCGACGAGGAAAGUGAUGCCCAAAGCUUUGGUAGCAAGAGGGAGACUGAAAUUCAGAGUGUUGAGAAGUUACCAGAUAUCCGUGCGGAUGAAGGGGCUGGCCCUUCCAGAAAAAUUAAACUACAAAAUGAGUCUUAUGAUGGAGUAAACACAAAGUUGCAUGCGUCAAAAGAUAGCGAUGAUGCCCCAAGUGGAAGUGAGAAGAAUGUGCGUUCCAAAGGCCUUAAUGGUAUUACUUCAGCCAAGGUUGCUGAGCAAAUAAUGGAUAAUGCCUUGAGGAUUGCUGAUGCAAGUUCACGUCGACCAAGCAAUCUUGGCAAAGACUUGGCUAUGGCCCAACCAACAGCUGACGUACAAUGCAAAUCUUCAGUUAUGGAAAGUAAUGCUGUCACAGAGAAUAACCUUGGUGAAAAAUCGAAGGGUGCUGCAAUAAGUCAUGCUAAAUCUUGCCCCUCCCAAUUUCUGGAGACCAACUUAGGAAAGCAACACCAUCUUAAUGGUUACAAAAUCCAAGAGUUCAGGGAAAAAGAUAUCUUUAAUCACUCGAAUUCUUCUGCCUUUUCAAGAUAUGGCAAUAAAAGGAUAGAGCCCUCAGCUGAGCACCAGUUUUCCCCUUCUCUCUGCAUAACUCAUCAAGAACCUGUUCAUGACAAGGACCCAGUUUCCCAACCCAGUGGGGUGUUGCCUCCCCAUGAACAUAAUACAGGUGAGAGUACAAGGCAAGCUCGGAUUCCCUUGGACAGCAGCACAGAGGGAGCUGCUGUACUGUGUUCCAGUAGUGCUAGAGAAGAUGCAGGCGCAAGCAGUUCCUCCCAUAGACAGGACAGUAUGAGCCAUCCUUCAUAUGGGUUUAUACCUCUUCCAAUUCCUGUUGGUGCUGCGAUGCCCUACCAUUACGGUGCAAUUCUGCAGCCAGUAUACUACUCACAGGCUCCUCAUAUGCAUUGUGAUUCAGCUGGCAUCAACAAGGCAGCUAUUCAGCACGCCUCUGGUCAGUCGAAUUACCAUGAAAAUCCUAGUAAACCGUCUCAGGUUGAUGAACACAAACAGUCAGAGGAGAAUCAGCAGUUGCAUCAUUCAAGACAAAUUCUCAGAGAAUCAGAACCAAUUGACUUGACGAGAGGUCAUUUGGAGCACAUCAACCAGAGCGCUAGCUGCAGCCAGGAUAUCCGUAAAGGAAGUGGAUGCACCGGUAGUGGUGAAACUGACAUCCAUACAAAUACUGGGGUUGCCCUAGAAAGUGGCAACGAAAGUGGUAUCCAGAACUGCUAUAACAAUGGGUUGGAUAGUGACCGGUCUCGCCGUGAAGCUGCCUUGAUGAAGUUUCGCUUGAAAAGAAAAGAUAGAUGCUUUGAGAAAAAGGUUAGAUAUCAUAGCAGGAAAAAGCUUGCAGAGCAAAGACCGAGAGUUAAGGGGCAGUUUGUGAGCCAAAAGCUGAAAUCAGCUACAACAGGGGAUGCAGAAACUGACUUUGAUUCGUAACUGUAAUUUUGAUUCUUCCCUUCCCAUCCCAGGUGAGGGCAAUUGAAACGGUACAGAGUUGAAGGCUGGCAAAAGUUUUCCUUUCCAUGGUUAGCCUGUGUGUACACUCUCUAGUCGGUUGUUUAUUGGCAUUCAAGCCAUAUUUUGUAAAGGACAAAUUGACAAAUGUUCAGUGAAAUAGGCGUGCAUACCCCAGAUUUUGUUUAUGUACUCUAGAUGUUUGUGGAGUGAGGAAGUAGUCUCUGUACAGCUUAUUCACUCAUUUUGUUACCGGUACAAUACAAAAGUAGUAACUUGUAAUUACUACUUCUACAACAACAGACACUGCUGUACAACUUAGAACAGCCUUACAGUUAGCAUGACUUGCUUUCCGUUAA